CUUCAAACUUCAAACAGCUGUUGGCGAAACAGUGCUCAGAGGGUUUAAAAGCGUUUAAAUAAUUAGCAAAACAUAAAAGAUAUUGUUUUCAAUUUUAGAAAUUUCCUUUAAAAAGUUUUGAACUGAGAAUUACAUUUAGGUAGAAUUAGAUAUUUAUGUACAACAAUGGGUAAAAAAUACUAUUGUGAUUAUUGUAAAACCCACAUUCAACGGGACUCCGAUAUUGUCCGUAAACAUAAUGAAGGUAUUCCACAUCUCCGGAAUAAAUCGGCCCAUUACGAGUCUUGCAAAGAUGUUACCAAAGUAUUAGAGGAAAACGCUAGAAAGAAGCCCUGUCGAACAUUACUCACAUCAGAUGAGUGUACUUUUGGCGCAAGCUGUCGCUACAGCCACUACAGUCCAGAUCAGUUGAUGCGACUUCAGCAAAAAGAGCGACGACUUGCCAUGCAACGAGCUAAACGCUUAGCGGAUGUGAUGAGCAACAUCGAAGCCGCUGAAGAAAUCACUAAGGAUUUUCUGGAAAAACGAACACAGAAGUUAGCCGCGAAAUCGUCCGAUUGCAAUGCCCAGUUCUGGACUUAUUCGGAAGAGCAACGCGGGCGGGCCCAUCUGCCCCCAUCGUUGCAGGAAAUUAAUCCAACACUAAUAGACCCUAACAGUUUUGCGGAAUGGGGUUAAGGUGAUAUGGAAUAAGUAACUGAGUUCGAUUUCUGUUAAAAUAUAUUAUCCAUCUAUUUGUAAUAUAGUUUUAUUAUAUUCAUUUCUUCAGUAUACCAUCUCAAAUAUAUUAUAUAUACGCUUG